UUCCUCUUCGUCUCCACCACUUCAACGCCUCGCGAUCGCCCCAAAUCCCACCUCGAUUCCCGGCACCCGCGGCCGCCGCGAAUCUCGGAUGCCCGCCGCCGUCGCCGCCGCGGGGGCGGCGGCUGCCUCGGGCACCGCGGUCGUCGUCUACGUGCUCCUGGGCUGCUGCCGGCCGCGGCUGGCGCCGGAGGCGGGGGAAGAGGAGGAGGCGCGGCUGCUGUCGUCGGGGGAUGGCGGCGAGGGGAAGGAGGAGGAGGAGGAGGAGGCGGGGUGGCCGCACAGGCCACCGUCCACGUGCUGCGAGGCGGCGGCGGUGGCCGCGCGCACGGCGCGCCGCACGUGGGACCUCACCGUCGGGCGCUGGGGCCUCCACGGCAUCGCCUUCGGGAUCAAGCGCCACAUGAAGCGCCAGGGUGAUUUGCAGCAUGAGUAUAGUGGAAACGAUUGCUUCCAACUAAAAGGUCACGAGGCACAUACCGAAGUAGCUUCUCUUCUUGAGUACUUGAAGAUUUGCAUGUUCUACUCAAAGAAAACAUUUUCAGCGUUUCUUAAGUUUGGUGGGUACAAUCAAGAAGACGUUCUAAUUCACAAGGCUAGGGCGAGGCUUAUGCAACCUUCUUUUGCACUUGUGCGUGACGAAAAAUCCAAGUGCUUUCUGCUUUUCAUUCGGGGUGCUAUCAGUACUAAGGAGCGUCUAACAGCUGCAGCUGCUUCCGAGGUUCCUUUUCACCAUAUAGUUUUAAGCGAAGGACAGAUCAGCAACGUGGUUUUAGGAUAUGCACAUUGUGGGAUGCUUGCUGCAGCUCGUUGGAUUGCUAACCUUGGUAUGCCCCAUCUUCAUAAGGCAGUACAAAAAUUCCCUGAUUACCAAAUAAAGAUCAUUGGGCAUUCAAUGGGAGCAGGUAUUGGGGCAAUUCUGACAUAUAUUCUUCAUGAGCAUCAUGAGUUCUCAUCGUGUGCGUGUCUGGCAUUUGCACCUCCUGCCUGUAUGACAUGGGAGCUGGCGGAGUCAGGCAAAGAGUUCAUCACUUCUCUUGUCAACAGAAAUGAUGUGGUGCCAGCCUUUUCAAAGGUUUCUGCAGAGAACCUGCGAGCUGAGGUAAUGGUAUCAUCAAAGCUAGAUGAUGCACAGGAUCAAACUCACCUCAGCUUAUUUGCAACAAUAAGUAAGCGUGUAGCCUUCAUCAAGUCUCAUAUGCUGCCUGUAUCUUAUCCAACGGGGAAGGGCACAGAUCCUGAUUCUAGCAUAUCUGAGCCCUUGCUCAAACAUGUAGCUGAAACCACACAUCCUGAAACAAAUGGGCUGAACAGGGACUGCUACCAGCACCGAACGGAUCAUAAUUCUAUUCCAGAAGAGGACUUUUCGGCUGUGUCGAUUGUUACAGCUGAAGAAAAGAUUGUACUAGCUUGCAGCGAUGAUGCCACCAGUAUCAACUUUGUUGCUGGGUUAGGCUUUGCACCGCAAGGGGAUGUGAACAUCAAUGGAGCUCUGGACACUGAACAAGAACAAUCAUCCUUGACAGGGAAGGAGGAACAAGAAUCACUGAAGCAAAACGGCGAUGGCAAACACAAGCAGAAAGAACCGCAACCAACCUGCAGUUCACGACAGUUUUUUCCUCCUGGAAGAAUCAUCCACAUGGUUGCAAUGGCCUCACCUGAGUCAAAUCCUGGUGAAGGAUCCAGCAGCAAUGAGAUCAUCAGUAUUUAUGAAACACCAAGAGAUUUGUAUGGCAAAAUAAGGCUAGCACCAAACAUGAUAAAAGAGCAUUACAUGCCUAGUUACAUAAGUACAAUGGAAUCAUUAUUGGAACAGCUGCUCAAGGACGAUAAUGUAGAUACGGUAACAAAUGAUUUGUAAAUUGUGUAAAACUCAAUAAUUUAUUAAUCCAAUUCUUUGCUAAUUGCAUUGUUCCAAA